CGACACCUAUAUAUUUACUUUCACUUUCUAUUUUUAUCCUGUCAUGGUUUAGUGAACAUUGUAUUCAUACACUAUCGAACUUCUUUUGGUCAAAUUUUUAACCUCUUCACAGUUUCGAAUGACACGUCACAGUCAACAUUAAAAAAAUUUUGUCAGGAAUUUGGUCUCAACUGUGGCCAUAUUCUUUCAUUCAUAGAAGAUUUAUUGAGUUAUUAUUACAGAAUUUUACGUUGUUGCCAAGGACGCUGUUUUGAAAAGCAUCAACAGGAGAAAAAAGGGGCUCCUACGGGAGUUAGAGUACUUUUAUUCAAAAUAUUGUGUGAUUAUUUGUGCAUUACUUUUGAAAUGGCCGAGGCUGCCGAUAAGAUGUCUAUGAGAAAUAAAUCAUCUGUUGAUUAUAAGAAAUUGAACGAAACAGGGAAGGGUUCUCCUGCUAAAACUGGAAAACCAAUCACUUCGGGGGCCUCCGUUUCUACACCUCCCGCCAAAGUUAAAAAUCAGACUAGUGCAGUUCUCACGUCUACACCGGCAAAGUCCCCGGAUAAAGCAAUGAAAACAAAAUCAGCUGCCGAAUUAGAAAAAUUGGAGUUACAGCGAAAAUUGGAGCAGUUAGAUGAGAGAACAGCUCGACUGAGAGAGGCGAAAGAAUUAGAAUUGUUACGACAACAAGAUAAAGAACGGGAAAAAGUAGUACAGGAACUUGAAAAGUCUAUUUCUCACUCGCAGUCGCAGGAAGAAGAAAAAUCGGAUAGGAAGAAACCACGUGUUUCAGCAGCUAGCUUUGUCUCUUCGUCAGCUCUGAAGACUUCCAGUUCUGGAGAUAAAGAUACAAAAAAAGACGUUGAACUACACAUUCUUCGAGAUGACCUAAAGGAAUCCACAGCCUCUGCAUUUGCUUCUGGAACAAAUAAAAAUUUGAUAGUCCAGUGGGAAUCUUUUCUUUUAUUUUGCCUGUAUUUUAAACUUUGUUUUUUGCCAGCUUCAACUUCCACUCUUCAGUUAUAUGCUCAGUUUUUGAGCAGAUCUUUUAAGUCAGUCAACAGUAUCAGAAAUUAUAUAAGCGGGGUAAAAACAAUGCAUGCCAUGUUGGGUUAUGGCAUAGAGCAUAUUAAUAUUUAUCUGUUAAAUUUGUCCUUGAAAGGAAUGGCAAGGUUAAAUCCCCGACAAGUCAAAAGAGCCGAGCCCAUUACAAUUGAAAUUUUAUUAGGAAUUUAUGAAAAUAUGGAUUUUUCUGUCAAAUCAAACAUAGUUUAUUGGUGUUUAUUUCUUUUUGCAUUCUUUCUAUUAGCAAGGAAAUCCAAUUUGGUCCCAACUAGUAAACAUGAUAUUACUGGUGGUCGUUUUCUUGCCUUAAAAGAUAGAGAGUAUUUUGAUAACUACAUUUUAGUACAUAUAAAUUGGUCGAAAACCAUUCAGUUUGGGGAGCAUAUCCAGGAGUAUAUUCUGUCUGACUCAAUAGCCAAGUACGUUGAUGGCAUCAAUUACACUGAGGUUAAAGCUUAUCCAGGGGCCAACAUUUCCAGAUUGAUGGCCAAAAAUGAGAAGGAUAAAUCUCUUAUAUCUAAACCAUAUACAUUAGUUCAUGUGGGUCCUAAUGAUAUUGCUCAAAAUCAUAUGACAGUUGACAUGAUCUUGAGUAACUUUAAUGCUUUAAUUUCAUUGAUUCGCAAUUAUUCAAGUACACGUAUCAUCAUUUCAAGCAUUCUUCCAAGACCAGUAGUUGUCGUAUCGACAGAAGAAAAAGUUAAGGAAGUCAAUAAACAAUUAAAGGUCAAAUGUACUGAGAGACGAGUUCAAUUUGUAGCUUCAUUCCGUCCAUUUUUGAAGUUUGCGAAACCCAUCAGUGAUUUGUAUGCAGUAAGGGAUGGCGGCCUUCAUUUAAACUACGAAGGAACCCGCAAACUACGUUCUGUGUUUGUCAACACAGUGGCUCAUUUACCAUUAGUUAAAACAUAA